CUGGGUGUGGUUCCGGGUCGUGGUGCGGCUUGGGGCAAUAGGGCUGCUGCCUUGCUGCCUGGCGGCGGCUGAGAGUUAAGAAAAAUGAGGGCGAACCAGGAAAGCGGCCACUGAGCCGGCCGGGAGGAACAUCAAUCCCUGAGGAUCCCGAGAGUGAGAAGCUCGGGAUUGGGGUCCGGGAGGCGCGGGGUAACCGGGCCCUCUUCUCAGGAACGUGCCCCGGGGCCGACCCGGCCAGUAGUGUGGCAGCAGCUUCAGGUAGGUGAGCCUGUGGAACAAUAUGAAGAGGAGAAAAUAGCCUUUUAAAGAAAUUGGCCCAAAGAAAGGAUGGCCUUCUUGGACAAUCCAACUAUCAUUCUAGCUCAUAUUCGACAGUCACAUGUGACCAGUGAUGACACAGGAAUGUGUGAGAUGGUUCUCAUUGAUCAUGAUGUUGACCUAGAGAAAAUUCAUCCUCCUUCAAUGCCUGGAGAAAGUGAGUCUGAAAUUCAGGGAAGCAACGGUGAGACUCAGAGCUAUGUAUAUGCCCAGUCAGUUGAUAUUACCUCAAGUUGGGACUUUGGGAUUAGAAGACGCUCAAAUACAGCUCAAAGAUUAGAACGACUUCGAAAAGAGAGACAAAACCAGAUCAAGUGCAAAAAUAUUCAAUGGAAAGAAAGAAAUUUUAAACAAUCAGCCCAGGAGUUAAAGUCACUGUUUGAAAAGAAGUCCCUCAAAGAAAAGCCUCCAUGUUCUGGAAAACAGUCAAUAUUAUCUGUACGUCUGGAGCAGUGCCCUCUGCAGCUGAAUAAUCCUUUUAAUGAGUAUUCCAAAUUUGAUGGCAAGGGUCAUGUAGGCACAACAGCAACCAAGAAGAUCGAUGUCUACCUCCCACUGCACUCAAGCCAAGACAGACUGCUGCCGAUGACUGUGGUGACAAUGGCCAGCGCCAGGGUACAGGACCUGAUUGGGCUCAUCUGUUGGCAGUACACAAGUGAAGGACGAGAGCCAAAGCUCAAUGACAAUGUCAGUGCCUACUGCCUGCAUAUUGCUGAGGAUGAUGGAGAGGUUGACACAGAUUUCCCCCCACUGGAUUCCAAUGAACCCAUUCAUAAGUUUGGCUUCAGUACUUUGGCUCUUGUUGAAAAGUAUUCAUCUCCAGGUCUGACAUCCAAAGAGUCAUUAUUUGUUCGAAUAAAUGCUGCUCAUGGAUUCUCCCUUAUUCAGGUGGACAACACAAAGGUCACUAUGAAAGAAAUCUUGCUAAAGGCAGUGAAACGAAGAAAAGGAUCCCAGAAAAUUUCAGGCCCUCAGUAUCGCCUGGAGAAGCAGAGUGAGCCCAAUGUUGCCGUGGACCUGGAAAGCACUUUGGAGAGCCAGAGCGCGUGGGAGUUCUGCUUAGUCCGUGAGAACAGUUCAAGGGCAGACGGGGUUUUUGAGGAAGAUUCACAAAUUGACAUAGCUACAGUACAGGAUAUGCUUAGCAGCCACCAUUACAAGUCUUUCAAAGUCAGCAUGAUCCACAGACUACGAUUCACAACUGAUGUACAGUUAGGUAUCUCUGGAGACAAAGUAGAGAUAGACCCUGUCACGAAUCAGAAAGCCAGCACUAAGUUUUGGAUUAAACAGAAACCCAUCUCAAUCGAUUCUGACCUGCUCUGUGCCUGUGACCUUGCUGAAGAAAAAAGCCCCAGUCACGCAAUAUUUAAACUCACAUAUCUAAGCAAUCAUGACUAUAAACACCUCUACUUUGAAUCUGACGCUGCUACCGUCAAUGAAAUCGUGCUGAAGGUUAACUACAUCCUGGAAUCACGAGCUAGCACUGCCCGGGCUGACUAUUUUGCUCAGAAACAAAGAAAACUGAACAGACGUACAAGCUUCAGCUUCCAGAAGGAGAAGAAAUCAGGGCAGCAAUGACACUGGCCUCCAGCCUCAAUCUGUUGCCAGAGCUCAGAGCCUGCCUGCCAAGGCCAGGCGGCCCCAGAGACCAGCCUAUGUCUGCAGUCCUCAGGGCGAGGCCAGCCCCAGGCUCACGGGCACAGGGCUGGUGGGCACUGGGGGAGCGGGGGCAGCCCCUUGAAUAAUGGAGCUGGGGACAUUUCCACGCAACCGAAGCCUGAAUGACAAUGGCUUUGACUAGCAGUGCCCGGGACCAGAUGACACCGAGAGCCACAUGCUGCCCAGCCAUCUUCAUUGCCCGCCGGCCCUGCCUGGGGGUGUACAUAGCCAUGCCAGACGUUUCCUCGCAACUUGAUCAAAUUUCUUAAAAGAAGAACAAAACAUGUACAUUCUCUUUCUUUUUCCCCUUUUAAUAAACAGGUAUACUCUUUA